AUGUCAUCGCAGCUUGGCUCUAAUGAAUCUGAUGGCACAAUCAAACAUGUCAAACUGAGUGUGAAGGAAGCUAUGAAGCCACCUAACGGAAGAAAGAUCGUACUCAGGUUUAACAGUGCACUGCAACCAGUUGGGGAUGAAGCAGGUCUACUGAGCGGCGUUAUGGGACUGCUAGGAUCUGACUACACCAAAUUCCCAAUCUACGAGAAGGACUGGAGAAAGGUUCGCACCAGGGACAAGGUCUAUAAUGAAUGUGUAAAGGAAAUGUUCCAUUUUGAAGAAGAUAGUAGAGGAAUUAUCAAGCGUAUAAUAUUCAAAAUGCUAGGAAGGGUUUGGAAGGAAACGAGGAACAGAUUAUACCAUCACUGCUAUGACCCAGAACUUUCACUUGAAGAAAAUAUUGAAAACCGCCCAGAUGGAAUUAUUGCGGACCAUUGGAGAUGGUUUCUCAACUAUCGCAAUAGCGAAGAGACACAGGAGAAGUGCAAGAAAAAUACUGAGAAUCGAUCAAAGCAGCUUUACACCCACACCGGGAGGAGAGUUAAUAGAGGAAAGUUGUAUCUCUUAACGCACAAAAGAGCUAAUGGCUCCUAUGUCCAUGAUGCAGCUCGGGCUAUUGGAGAAAGAAUUGAGGCUAUUGAGCAACGUGAUGAAUCCUCUAGACUGUUGUCUCAGAAUGAUUCGCUUGCUCAAGCUCUUGAAAAGGAGCACCUGGGUAGGGUGCGUGGCAUGGGGUUAGGGCCGACUUCUAGUCAAGUCUUCGGUAUGAAUUCCCAUCAGCCGAGCAAUGGUUUUGAAAGGGAGGAGACCCAAAGGGUGCUGCUUGAACUACAAGCAGAGUUGGCAGCAGAUAAAUUGAAAAGGAAGGCAGUAGAGGAUGAAGUAGCAGCCAAGAAGACCAAAAGACAGGCAGUGGAGGAUGAAGUAGCAGCCGAGAAGACAAAAAGACAGGCAGUGGAGGAUGAAGUAGCAGCUGGGAAGGUCAGGAUGCAGGCAAUGGAGAGUGCUUUGAUAUGUAUACUUCAAGGGCGAGGUAGGAAGCUGCCAUCAGACGUCGCCGCAUGGAUGAGUGCGUUGGAGGGACAGAAUAGAAAGUAGAUCUUAGGAUUAUGGAACCUUUUCUUCUUUCAGUUAUACACUUUUAUGUUGUUGAUUAUGCAACUCUUAGUAAGGAGUACACUUUGUUGAUAUUCGGAUAAUUAUAUUAAUUAAAUUAAU